AUGUUACUUCUAACCCCUUCCUUUGCUAUACCUGUCUCCAUUGCCAUCCUCGUCUCGUGGCUGCUAUAUAAGUAUUAUCUCAAGGCCAAGCCACCCUACCCUCCGGGACCCAAAGGCUUACCGAUCAUCGGAAGUCUACUCGACAUCGACAACGAGAGGCCGUGGAUAACGUACGGAAAGUGGGCCAAUCAAUAUGGCGACAUUGUCAUGUAUUGGGUCUUGGGGACGCCUGUGGUGCUGUUAGGGAAGAUGAAACAUGCCGAGGCUCUGCUCCAAAAGCGAAUGGUCAAAUAUGGAGAUCGUCCAGAAUUGGUCAUGGCACAGGAUAUCGUUACUCGGGAUGGAAUGUACGUGGGAACCGCGAGAACCAUACACGACACCCACAGGAAGCAGCGAAGGAUACUGGGCGAACGUCUUCGUGCAAAUGCUCUCAAAGACUGGGCACACCCGGCCCUGUUACCAGAGUUACGUCUUUUCUGCCAACGUCUCACGCAGAAUCCUGAGCGUUUCGUCGGAAUCAUCAAGUGUUUGACCAUCAAUGUGAUGUUGAAUUCCACAUUUGCGCAUGGAUCGAUAGAGAACAUUGACAACCCUUUGAUCGCCCGCAUCAAUCACGCCACAGAUAACCAGUUCACGGCCCAGGUACAAGGUCGGUUCUGGGUGGAUUAUGUUCCGUUCUUGCAGUAUCUUCCCGCAUGGCUGCCAGGGAUGGGUUGGAAGAAACUGGGACUUCGAUGGCGCGACGAGGUCGACACACUGUAUCAAGAAUUGUGGGAUGCUACCAAGAAGAAGGUUGCGGAGGGGAAAUCCCGAUAUCCAUGUCUCGUGGAAAAUCUGCUCGAGAGUCAAAUGCAUCAGCUCACCGAACGUGAAGGCACCACACUCGGUGCAGCUAUGGUCGAUGCUGGAACGGAUACUCUGACUGGCACAACCGUCAUCUUUAUGAUCAUCUUCAUGUAUUUCCCCCAUAUCUUGAAAAAGGUUCAAGAUGUCGUCGACGAAGCGGUAGGGAGAGACCGCUUGCCCACGUUCGACGACCUCGGACGAAUGCCUUACAUUGUCGCCAUGAUCCGGGAAGCAUUCCGUUGGCGAACAGUUGCACCCGUAGCCAUUCCGCACGCCGUGGUUGAGGACGACUUCUACGAAGGCUACUUCAUUCCUAAAGGUGCAACCGUCUUUGCACUAUCGCAACACAUCCAUGAGGAUGAGGAACUCUACCCGAAUCACACUGAAUUCCGACCAGAGAGAUUCCUAGAUGAGCGUGGCCAGGUGAACAACCUGCCCCAUUCGGGAUUCGGCUUGUAA